AUUAAUAACAACGAUGGGAAAUCAAACAAGUGCGAUAGACCAAACCUGGUUUCACGUCGUUAGAGUUAGAACAAAUUCACCCGCCUAUAAAGCGUCUAUUGAGCCAUUCUUCGAUUUCAUUACAAGCGCUAAACCAUUAGGAAUCAAAGGCGAUUUCCCAGAUAAACCACUUGAGGAAAUCGUACAGGAGCACAAGAAUACACCAAUAAAACUAACGAUCUGGUCGUCAAAGAGACAGUCUUACAGAGACGUCGAAAUUAUACCCUCCAUCGAAUGGAACACAGAUGGUAGCUUAUUGGGACUCACUUUACGCGCUUGCGAUGCUAAUAAGGCGAUUAAUUCUGCUUUGGAUAAUGUCUGGCACAUACUCGAAGUUAUAGAAGGCAGCCCAGCAGAGUCUGCUGGAUUGGUCCCGUACGGUGACUGGGUCAUCGGUUGGCCAGGCGGCGUACUUAGACAGGAGAAUGAUUUCUAUGAUUUGGUCGAGAUGCACACAGAUAAACCACUACGGUUGUAUGUCUACUCUUUCGAUUUCGAUACCCUGAGAGAGGUUGUUUUGGUACCAAAUAAGCAAUGGGGUGGUGAAGGCUUGUUAGGAUGUGGCGUUGGAUUCGGGUUACUCCACCAAAUACCAAUCAGAGACGGUAAUUGACUGGAAAGUGAAAACUGAAAAAUUUCCAAAACACAAAAAUCUUGUAAAAAAGCCAUCGCCUUUAGACAAUAACGUGCAUGAAUAAA